AUGUCGUAUCGAGUGACGAUGGAGGGCGAGGGGCAGAUGGCCGAGCUGACGGACUUGAUACCGGGCACGGAGUACCUAGUCCUGGUCCGGAUCUCUCAGCACGACGGGCCGGGCUCCAUUUCCUUCUUCACACCGCACACCGCCAGCGAAGAAUUAUGGGAGGAAGGAGGAAAAGUGGAGGUAAGAGGGGAGGAGAUCGGGAUCGUCAUGGUCAUUUUCCUGCUUUGGCUUUCCGCUGUUGCCCUCUUCUUCCAUCGAUGGGGCAAGAUCCGGAUGCUGGAGCCCUAUCAGCCUCAAUUCCAUCCUCCCGCUGCUCCUGCUCCUCAGUAUUCCCUCAAGUCCGGGAUCUACGGGUUUUCAUGUGAAACCGAGUUACGAGCAGAAAGUCGAUUGCUCCGCCAGCCAGCCUCGUUCCGGUUCAGAAGAGACAACCUAAGAGACGGUUAUACCAGGAUGCAGAGCUCGAGAAUCCCCUCCAGAGCCGCAUCUUUCCAUCUGGCCCUCUUCCCGCGGGAAGACGCGAGUCGCUGCGACAAAGUGCCACUCGGCGAUCGCGACUGCGAGCAAGGUGACGCCGACGCCUCCCAGUCGGCCGCGUCGGAGAUCUGCGUCGACAGGGGCCGACUGGUGAAAAGUGCCGCGGACCUUCCCACGUUGGCCUUACACCUCUCUCAGACGCUGCAAUGGGAACGAGGGAGGAUGAAUUCCUUACCGGGACCGUCGAGUUGGGUCCGAGGCUUAAGAGCUCCUUCCGAUGUUCGCUUCAUCGAUGACUCGCAGCCCGAGCUGAGAGUCACUUCCAGCAGCGGAAAGACUCUACAAAUCCAAAAUACUAUCGUCUGA